AUCACUUAUCAACGAUCAACGUCAAAUCCACAACACACAGUAUUUAAAAAAAAUUAUUGUUACUAAUUAUUUUUUUAUUUUAGCAAUAUAAGCACCUUCCUAUUAAUUAAUCGAUUUUGUCUCAAGUGCGCAUAUAAGUUAGUUGUUUGUGUAACAAAUAUUAUCCAAAGAAUGACAUAAUCUCUAAUUUUAUGACAUUUUUUCGUUCAGUAUAUCGUCUGUUCUCUACAAUGAGCAAACCUCAAGUCGUUUUCGUCCUUGGAGGCCCAGGUGCGGGUAAGGGUACGCAAUGUUCCAACAUAGUAUCCAAAUUUGGAUUUGUUCACCUAUCUGCUGGUGACCUGUUGCGUGCAGAACGCAGUAAACCAGACAGUAUGUUUGGAGAAUUGAUUGACACUCACAUCAAAAACGGUACAAUUGUCCCAGUAGAAAUCACAUGUAAACUUAUUCAAAAUGCGAUGGAAGCAUCAGCAGCUAAUCGAUUUUUAAUUGAUGGAUUUCCACGAAAUAGAGACAAUAUGAUUGGCUGGGAUACCACGAUUGGAGAUCAAGUUGAUCUUUUAUUUGUACUAUUUCUAGAAUGUUCUGAAAAUGUAUGCAUAGAACGUUGCAUGAAAAGAGGUGCUGCUGGAAGUGGUCGAGCUGAUGAUAAUUUAGAAAGUUUAAAAAAGAGGAUUGUCACAUUUGUGAAUGAUUCUAUGCCAAUUAUAGAAUAUUUUAAAGAGAAAAACUUAGUAAAAAGAGUUGAAGCAGGAAAAAAUGCUGAAGAUGUAUGGUCCGAUAUUAUUGAAUUAUUCAAAAACAUUUGAAUAGAGAAACAAAAUAUUCAUUUAACUUAUUAGACAAUUUCCUAAAUAUGGUAGAUUAAAUUAAUUUUAUUCUUGCACUAUCCAAACAAAAGUAAUUAUUUUAUAAUAUUAUGUAUACCAGUGAUUUAAGAUAUUUAGAUUAAUGUCUUAAUCAGUUUUUUUUUUUUUUUUAUUGAACCAUCCAAUAAAAAUAUAUUAACAUGUAACA